GCCAUCUUAUAUUCCGCAUGCACAGACAAACCAGAGGUAAACACUUCACUCUAGCAUGUCUGCAAACCUUCUAACAGUAAGUUACAACACUUAAAGCUACUAUUCCUGGGAGUUGAUCGGCGAAACACACACAGUACACCCAACCUAUAAUCUCCAGGCAGAAUGGAUGAAAACAGGCUAAAGUUGCUGGUGAAGCUAACUCAGGAGGGACAGUUAAGCUCUAUGGAGAAACUGAUCACACUAGACGACUCUUCCGCGGCUCAGACUAUCAUUAGUAAACACUUCGGCCGGUCAGGAGACACCCUGCUGCACUACGCUGCCAGACAUGGACACCUGGAUAUCGUUGAGUAUCUAAUAAACCAAGUGGGAAUGGACGUGGAGGUGUACAACAACGACUACAAGAGGCCACUGCAUGAAGCUGCAUCCAUGGGUCACCAGGCCUGUGUGAGCUAUUUACUGCGACAAGGAGCCAAAGUGGACAGUCUGAAGAAGGCUGACUGGACUCCUUUGAUGAUGGCCUGCACCCGAAGAAACCUCAGUGUGAUCCAAGAGUUGCUGAGCCACGGUGCCAGCCUUGCUCUGAAAAACAAGGACGGCUGGAACGCCUUCCACAUAGCUUGCAGGGAAGGUGACCCUCUGGUUGUAGAGUUCUUGCUUCUCACUGCACCAGACACCUGGAGGACUGAAAGCAAGACACGCAGGACACCGCUGCACACUGCAGCUAUGCAUGGCUGUGAAGAAGUUGUUAGGAUCUUGCUGGAAAGAUGUGGAUACACCUCAGACAGCACUGACAGCUGUGGAGUGACUCCUUUUAUGGACGCAGUCAGGAACGGAUACAUCUCUGUGGCCAGGCUGCUUUUAGAGAAGCAUCAGGCGUCUCCGAGUGCAGCUGACAUACUUGGGGCUCAGCCAGUGCACCAGGUUGCUGUCACAGGACAGAAUGAGGCACUACGCUUCCUGGUGCAGGACCUCAAAGUAGAUGUGAACCAGAGGGCCACUAGCAUCCAGCUGACUGCCCUGCACUACGCAGCAAAGGAAGGUCAUACAUCGACUAUAAAAACGCUGCUGGAUUUGGGUGCUGAUCUUCAUAUUCAAGACAAAAAAGGAAGAACUGCUCUUCAUAUGGCUUCCAUCGGCCAGCAUGCAGAAGCAGUCAGGACACUUAUGCAACUUGGACUUGAAGACUCUCAAGACACAUCUGGUGCAAGGGCACAUCAGUUUGCAAGGAAACCUGAUGUUGUGCGAGCGUUUGAACAUCAUUUAAAAACAGAUAAUAUACCAUAGUGACAGAAAACAGGAUUGAAACCCAUUGUGUAUCAUUAAUUUAAUAAAGGGUUAAAUAAACUUGACUCACUUGACCAGAUAAAAAACAUAAAAGCAAGGCCAUUGUUGUUGUAGUACAAGGUGACCUCACACCUAUGCGUUGUUUUUACAAACUGAAAUGCAAGGAAGCUGACAGGUCUAGACACGACAGGUGAGAUCAUGCCAUCCUACAUCUGUGAUUAUAUUUGAUAUCAUGAGUUGCUGGGGUGCUUCAUUUACUCUGGCUGAUAUGUAUGCAUUUAAACAUGUAUAAAAUAAAUUAAGUGAAUUAUUUACAAUAUUA